UGACGCGUUAUGACACGUGACACAACGUUGCACGCUCGUUGAGUACAUUCAGACGCGUCCGACCUGAGACCUCAAGAAACUCUAGUUACUGUACUACACGCUCUUGACUUUUUUGAGAAGGCCUUUUUCUGCGUAAUCUUUUGUCCGUGAGUUACAGGGAAUGGUCCGACAAAUUCGAAUAUAUCUCGACAAUCCUGUUGCGACGUAUUACGGAGGCUACACCGUAACGGGAAGAGUAGUCGUCAGAACAGACGAAGAGGAAAAAAUUCGCGAUAUUUCUGCAAAAUUCAGAGGUGAAGCCAAUGUGAGGUGGACUGAACGAGUGAGAAGAAAUCGUGAAACCAAGAGUGUUACAUUUUCAGCAUAUGAAAAGUACUUUGAAACAAAAUAUUACUUUGUUGGAGGUCCUUCUCAGGAGCUCACACUUCCACCAGGAGAGCAUGUGUAUAAUUUUUCUGUCAAACUCCCAGAAAAUUUGCCAUCGUCAUUUGAAGGCACAUAUGGUCAUAUUCGUUACACAAUCAAAGCAAAAAUGAACCGGCCAUGGGCAUUUGAUGAAAAAGUCAAAGCUUUCUACACUGUGAUAUCACACCUAGAUCUGAAUAAGGAUCCUUUGGUCAAGGAACCUGUAUUGCAAGUCACCGAGAAAACUCUGUGCUGCUGCUGUUGCCGUUCUGGCCCUUUGACAUUAGUUGCUAACAUUCCAGCUACAGGAUUUGUCUCUGGUCAAGAGAUACCUAUUACUGUAGAGGUUGAUAAUGCAACUGAGGAAACAAUAAGUGCUGUUACAUGCUCCCUGAAGAAGAAUGUAUGUUUCACAUCCCAUACACCUCACAAGAAAACAAAAAUAGUAAGAGACAAAAUUGAGACCAUCACAUAUGAACCUGUGGGCCCAAAUACAUCUAAAACUUGGACUAAAAAUUUGAAAAUUCCAAGUUUGCCUCCAUCCAAUUUGAAUAACUGCAAUAUCAUUGAUCUUGAUUACUUUUUACAUGUCAAAGCAGUUAUCAAUGGGCCCCACACAAACUUACAUGUAAACAUCCCAAUAAAAUUAGGAACAAUUCCACUGUUAAGCUACAUACCACCUGAAUUAUCCAAACAGCUAUUGGACUCCACCAUUCAUACUCCACAGCUUCCUCCUUUGAAAGAUGCUCCUGAAAAAUUUCCACAUCCAUCCAUAACUUUGGCACCAUAUCCACAACAGCAUACACAGUACCCUACUGCGCCAUAUUCCUCAAAUAUUGCAGAUAUCAUGGUGCCCAGCACAAGUCAGCAGGAUAUUACAAAUGGACUGCCAAAUCAGUUGAACAUAAUUCCAUCUGCACCACCCCUUCCAUACCCAGAAGUUCGUAAGUAUCCUCAUAUUGUCUUGCUUCUGCCUAUAUUUAAUCUCUUUAAUCACCAAUUCAAUAUCUGUACUUUUGUAAAAUCUGAAAUUAACAAGAUAACCUUCCGGUUGGAUUCUAAUCAUAUGUUUGAGAAACAUACAUAA